CGGGUUCUCAAGUUUGAAGGGACACAGGGAGCCUUUCCGCAACAGGCAGACACCCACCGCAGAGGCGAACAUGGCCUCGAAAGGAAAAUGCCCGCUCCGCACGGAUUUCUACCUCUUGCUGCUGGGCAUAUUAUCUUGUAUUCUCACCUGUUUCGGAUUUAAUCUAGACGUUCGGUUCCCAGUUAUAAAAGAAGGAAAGACGAAAGGUAGUUUCUUUGGGUUCUCCGUAGCUCUCCAUAACCAGACAGAAGGCUCUCAAAGAUAUCUGCUUCUGACCGGUGCACCGAAGGAGAAAGCCCUACCACAGCUAAAGGUCAAUGAGACAGGCGCUGUUUAUUCCUGUCCCAUCACCACGGAAACCUCUGACUGCACGAGGAUGGAUCUGGUCAGCUCAGCUAGCUCCUUGGAGAUGGUGGAAGGCAUGUGGCUCGGCGUGGCCAUAGCCAGCCAGAGCGCGGAGGCAGGGGGCCACGUGUUGGCCUGUGGUCACCGCUAUGUCAGCCUGCUAAAGGGAGCCUCAGACCAGUUCCGUAUGAUUGGCAAGUGCUACGUGCGGGGAAACGACUUGACCUUUGACCCCAAUGACGAGUGGCAGUCCUACAGUUACGAGGGCUGCAACCCCAACUUUUACAUGGAGGAGGAGGGCUUGUGCAAUAUGGGCAUCUCAGCCGGCAUAUCGACGACGGACGUCUUCACAGGGUCUCCAGGCAGCUAUUUCUGGCAAGGCAACGUCCAUGUCACAUGGAGGGAUCCUACUCCUGGAAACUCCUGGGAUUACAUUAGCAAAAAUAUGGACAAAAUGGGCAAGCACUACAGCUACAUAGGUUAUUCUGUGCUGGAGGGGCAGAAGGUGCUCAGCAAGGAUAGCUACACAGUGGUGACGGGGGCUCCCCGCUACGAACACAAGGGCUCUGUCUUACUGGUAUUGAAUGGUAAUAAUAAGCUCACUGUUAAGCAUGUCCUGAAUGGAGAGCAGGUGGGCUCCUACUUCGGAAACAGUAUCGCCAUCGCCGAUCUCAAUAACGACGAUUGGAACGAUUUGAUCGUGGGGGCCCCGUUUUACUUUGACCGCAAGAAGGAGGAGGGCGGGGCGGUCUAUGUCUACAUGAACGAGAACGGCUCCUUCCAGGAGACGGCUAGCAUUGUGCUGUGUGGACCUGCGGGUUCAGGAUUCGGCAUGGCCGUCGCCGCCAUUGGGGACAUCAACCAGGACGGCUUCCCAGACUUCGCGGUGGGUGCCCCUUUCUACGAUACUGGCAGGGUCUACAUCUGGAUGGGAAGUAAGCAGCUCAUCUCCCAGAAGCCCAGUCAGGUGAUCGCUGGAAGUGAUCUCACCAAUGGUGGUUUCCAGACCUUUGGAUACUCCAUCAGUGGUGGCAUGGACAUGGAUGAGAACAGCUACCCUGAUGUGUUGGUGGGCUCUCUUGACGACCGCGUCGCUUUGCUGAGGGCGCGGCCGGUCAUUCACCUUGAUAAAACAUUCACGGUGCAACCCUCCACCAUCAACACCACCAUGUGCUCCCCUGGUGAGCAAUCCUGUGUGACUGCACAGGUAUGCUUCUCAUACACUCUCAGCACUGGCAAUGAAGACUUCAAGAGAAACAUCACGGUGAAGUACACAGUGAUGGCAGACUGGGGGCGCCGCAGCACCCGUCUCCGCUUCCUGGACAACAAACAGGACAGCUUCACUGGCUAUCUCUCCAUGCCAUCCACCAAGUGCCAGGUCCUGAAACUCAGCCUGGUGGACCACAUUCGGGAUAAGCUCGCUCCUGUUGUGUUCUUGCUCAACGUGAGCCUUCACGAACCGGUUCCCAGAGUCCGCAAGAGUCUUCAAAACCUUGACGCCUUCCCAGUGUUUAGUGACAAGCAGAGUCUCUUGGGGAAAGCCCAGAUUAAUUUCCAGAAAGCUUGCGGUACAGACGACAAGUGCACAAGCAACCUGCAGCUGAUGGCGGAGUUUGCUGAUGAGCACCACAAGCCGUAUCCCAGCCAGGGGGGAGUACAGGUGAUGCAGUACAACACAACCGUGAAGAAGGUGAUCCUAAUGGUGAAUGUGACCAAUAAGCCAGCCCCUGGGAAACUGGCUGAAGACGCCCACCAGGCCAUGUUAAACAUUACUGUCCCAUCAUCUCUGCGCUAUUCUGCAAUCCGCCUCACGUCCCAGGAUAUACCUCCCUCAGACAUCGAGUGCAAGUUUGAAGAGACGCUGCUGUGUGAUUUGGGGAACCCUUUCGUUGGUGGCAAGAUGGUUUCCUUCCUGAUCAUCUUUGAGACGCUAAUCACUCUGUACACACGGGAGGUGGUGUCUCAGCUACAGCUGUCCACGAUCAGUGAGCAGAGCGAUCUCUCCCCGGUGCCCGUGAUCCUGAAGGUGGAGUUCACGAUACAGACCACCUUUCUCGUAACCCCUCCACAGGUCCAGACGUACUUCAGCGGGACGGUGAUGGGCGAGUCGGCCAUGAAAUCCACAAGCGAUGUAGGAAGCCUUGUGGAGUACAGUUUCUCGGUGACGAUGCAGGGCGAAGCUCUGGGCUCGAUGGGCACCAUCGGGGUGGAGAUCGCUUGGCCGUACGAGGUGGCUAAUGGCAAGUGGCUGCUGUACAUCUCAGAGAUCCUCACUACAGGGACUUCAGAGUCACACUGCGUGCCCCCUGGAAACAUUGUCAACACGCUGAACCUCAUAGUAUCUGAAAGAAAUCCAAGACGGCAGAAGCGAGAGGCAUCAACCACAGCACCCAUGAAGAUUGAACCACAAGCGGCCAUCUCUCAGCAAGCGCAUCGCCAGGAGACCAUUUGGCUGGAUUGCAUGCAUGGCACAGCACGCUGUAUGACCUUCAGCUGCCCCCUCCAUAACAUGAGCACUUCGGCCAAAGUCAUUGUGCGGGCGCGGGUGUGGAACAGCACCAUGCUGGAGGACUAUUCCAAAGCAUCACGGGUCACGGUGAAAGGCAGGGCAUCGCUGAAGCUGAUCACCAGCAUCCCCACUCUCAAGAUGAACUCUGACACCCGGGAGUUUUCCCUGGACAUCGACCCAGUGCUGAUGGAGGAGAAGGUGUACACAGCCCCGCUGUGGAUCGUCAUUCUGGCCGUACUGGCAGGUGUUUUGUUACUGGGCCUGAUUGUCCUCAUACUCUGGAAGCUAGGCUUCUUUAAAAGAGCCAGUUACUACAGGAUAAUGCCGAAAUAUCACGGGGUGAAAAUUCCCAGAGAGGAGCGAUACCGGUCCAGCGACGCAUUUCUGAGGGAGGACCUGCCAAAGAGAAGCUGGAUCACCAGCUGGACUGAAAUGCAGUGGUAUUACUGCUGAUGGUCACAUGCCCAACUCUGUGGCACCUGAGGGUCUUUGAGGACAGAGACCUUUCCGGCCUGGAGCUGGAUAGGCACAGUGUGCUUUCUGGUACAUUACCAUUAUCCUGCUUUUAUUUUUUUAAUUUCACUGAAUUACUAUUAUUUUUUUAUAUAGUGCAAUAAUGACAGAUCUUUGUUUUACACUGAGAUUACUUGGCAAAGUACACUGAUUCAAUUUCGUUUGUCCCUUUUUCUGCAAGAACUUGUGGAGCGAUGCCGGUUGCACAGCUUUUUUCCAAUGUUUAGUUUGUUUAAGAUGUACAUUUUUUUUAAAUGCUUUUCUGCACAUAUGCCUUUUAUUUAAUUUGCAUCAGUACUUCUUAGGAUUUGCUGAAUCAAAUGCAUAUUGCAGUAGUAGGUGAUUUAAAAUUGUCUGGUGACUGAAUUUCAAAGAACUGUGGGAGUUCUUUCGCUACAGUGCCUCCAGGCUGUCAUCUGCAGAUGUGUGCAUGGCCUGCUCUGGGUAUCAGUGUCUCUGAAUGGCCCACAGGGUGUGAAUGUGUGCGUGUGUGUGUGUGUGUGUGUGUGUGUGUGUGUGUGUGUGUGAGAGUGUGUGCCCUGAGAUGAUCUAGUGCCCUGCGGAUAGGCUCCAGGCUCACUGAGACCCUGUUCUUCACAAAUGACCACCCAAGAUGGAAGCAUUGAUAGAUUAUGUCGCUCAGCUUUUAUCAUUUACAAUCUGUAGUGUCAGAAAUAUCAUAUGGAAUCUGACACAUGGCCCAACACCACCUGAUCUUACCAGGUUACAUUUUAGCUGUAUUGUGUCUUUUUAGGGGUUGACUUUGACUAAUCAAUGACCUACAAAAAGAAAGAAAUAUAUAAAAACUGGGUCAAAAAUAUGUUCAUUGUUUUCUCCUGGUGCCUUUCUGUAAGUUUUGUGUCAUGUACAGUCAUGUAAAUUAGAUUUAUGUCAUUGGAUACACAUUGGCUGCCUCAGGACAGCAACUGGGAAUCAGAGUAAUUAAUGUACAGUCUUAUGGCGUUAUGAGAUUGGCUGGGUUUUGGGGGAAGAGUCACACAGUCAUUGGCUGACAUGCUUUUGAGCAGGUUUUGAUUUGUACACCUGUUCUUUUCUUCCUGUCUGCACUGUGAGAAUAAUAAGUAUAUAUAAAUGCCUUUGUUACUCCUGCUAUAAAGGGGAUAUUUUCAUAAUAUGCAACAAGAUAGGUGUCUGACCAGCAGGGCUAAGGAUUCAUAGGCUCAUGGCAUGACUGUCUGUAAUGCACGGUGUCAGAGGCUGGGUAAUUGCACAGGUCCCAUUGGUGAAUAGGACAGCAUCAGUAAUGAUGCUAUUGAUGGAAUAUUUCAGAACAAGCAGACCGAUUUUCCUGUGUCAUCCGUCGGCCGCAAUGAUCAAAUAUACAUUGGGAGCAAUCGUACACAAACAAGGAUGUAGAUUUGGGUAUGGAUAGUGGGGACAUGUCCCUACCAAUAUUGUACACCAUCGUACACAAACCAGUGCGUGAUCCUCAGGUCAUAACAAUCACCUCCUGAUUGUUGGUGUAGGUAAAACACUGGAGAAUCUUACGAGAAAGGGGAAAUGUGACAGAAUCAUGGUUUCAUUAUUUAUUUCACAGAAGUGUACCAUUUUUUCUGGUCAGUUUUCUGGUUUGUUGUGCAUGAGUAAGGGAACUGCAAGCGGACUCGCUCCCAAGGCUACUCUGUUCUGUGUUGACCCAGAUAUGUGCUGUGUAGAGCCAUAACUCGUUUGACAAAGCCUGGCAGAUAUGGAUGUAUGGCCUGUGAUCUGGAAAUCAUCAUCAGAGCAGCCAAAUUUUAGAACCGAUCCCCCCCUUUCAUUGAAUGUAAGUGACUGAUUUACUUUGCAUUAUGACUGCCGAAGACAUUAAAUAGGCUCAUGCCUGUUUUUAUUGUUGAUGCAGGUUUGAUGCUUGUGAUAUAUUACACAUAAUAUCCGGUCCUGUACCUGUAUUAUCACCUGUAGGUGGUAUGAUAACAUUUUAAGCAUCCAAGAAAAUUGUCAAAUUGUUGUAACAUCAGGUUGAAUCCCCAGGACUGGCGUUUUUAAAAGUAAUUCUGUGGUAUGCUGUCAUACAGUAUGUUUGUUGUUGAGUUUGAUCGCUUGAUGUUUGGUUGUAACCUUCAAGCGUAAAAAACCUUCUGAAUGACAUGCAGAUAGAUCAUCUGUUAGAUGGGGGGGCAUUGAAACAGGGUUCUGUGAGGGAAAAUACUUGAUGUUUUUGCAAUCUAGGGGGAGGGAAAGGGGUUAAAAGGUGCAGCGUGUACAUAUGUACACCUGCAGAUACCCACAUCAAGUUUUAUAUAUAAAAAACAGACUACUUGUUGUUUUCUUUUAUAAUGUGCUGUUGUAGUAUUAAUAAAGUAUUUUUAAAUGAG